AUGAAGGCCUCCGUCGUUGCAUUCACCGCGCUCUUGGGCCUGGCCUCUGCCCAGAACGCCGUCGUCAUGAACACUUGCCCCACGGCCAUCUAUGUCCAGUCUUUCCCCUAUGAUGGAAGUGCAGCCGGCCCUCUUACCACUGUUCAGCCUGGCAAGUCCUUCUCUGAGCCGUUCAGAGCUAGCGGUUCGACUGUCAAGAUUGCCAAGACCAAGACGCUUGACAAGCCUUUGUUCUUUGGGUAUUCAUUCUCCUCAAACCCCGACUAUGCGUACUAUGAGUUCAGCACGGAAUGGGGCAACCCGUUUGCCGCAAGCCACAACACUCUGACCCCAGGCGAUGGCUGCGAAGUCUUUGACUGUCAGGCAAACGAUGCGGGCUGCUACAGCACACCUGCCCACAAGAAAGUCUAUGGCUGCCCUCAGCCAGUCAAUCUGACUGCCCAACUUUGCAAGUAG